AGCCGUGGCUGCUAGCUGUCUCCCAGAUGAAAAUCAAGUGCGUCUCGAUAUUAUGAAUACUAUUCGUCGCUGUAUCUGAAAAUUGAUCCUCACUCAAUCUGCAUGAUAUCUCUAUAUCUUGCGAUGAACGCACUCGCCAAAUCGGUGACUCGUCUACGCGAAACUCGGCUCCUCCUUUUCACUGCCUAUAUUCUCUUCACGUCCAUAUGGACGCAUAUUAGCGCUGGAGCCACCGCCCAGGGGCUUCUCCGAGGCUUCAAAGCCACCCCAGACCCUAAAGUGCCGUCGUUCCAACCUCUCCUUAACGAUUCCACAGGCAAUUUUUCACUCGCUUUCCUCCGAGUCAACAAUACCCAGCUCUCCCUCGCCGUCCUCCACCUGCGGUCCUCCGAAUCACUCUGGCUCGCCAACCUAACUAAGCUAGCUAGCUGGUCCGAUACCACGCAGCUCUUCUUCAAUGGCAGUCUCGUUAUUUCAGAUCCUCACUCGAAUGUGUUUUGGUCUACUGGGACCGACGGUGACCUUGUCGCGCUCCUCAACUCCUCGAAUCUCCAAAUACAUAAGCUCGAAGAUCACCCCUCGGUUAUCUGGCAAAGUUUUGACUUUCCCACUGAUACCCUCGUCGAGACACAAAAUUUGACCGCCAACACGUCUUUGAUUUCAUCGAAUGGGUUUUACUCGAUGCGAUUAGGUUACGACUUUUGGGGCUUAUACGCGAACUUUGGAUCGAACUCUGAUCAGAUAUACUACAAACACACAGCGAUGGAGGCCAAAGCAGAGGUAGUCGAAGGGCAUGGACCGAUUUACGCCCAAGUAAACACAGACGGAUAUCUGGGCAUCUAUCAAAAUGGAAGCACGCCAGUGGACAUACAACCCUUCAACAGCUUCCACAGACCCAUCAAUGGAUUCCUCCGGCUCCGGUUAGAACCGGACGGGAACCUCAAAGGAUAUUACUGGGACGGAUCUGCGUGGGCCUUGGACUACCAGGCGAUCUCGGACCCAUGCGAGCUCCCGAGUCUGUGCGGUUCCUACGGUUUGUGCAGACCUGGGUAUGGUUGCUCAUGUUUGGACAACCGAACGGCGUUUCACUCAGGUGAGGAGUGUUUUCCCUUGGAGACCGGUGACUUUUGCAGCGAAGAAGUAAUCAAGGAUAACUUUUGGGUACUGAGGAGGAACGGUGUGGAGUUGCCGUACAAGGAGCACAUGCAGUACGAAACGACUUCCUCGCCUGGAGAGUGCGCGAGUCUCUGCGAGAACAACUGUAGUUGUUGGGGAGCAGUGUACAACAACGGGUCCGGGUUUUGUUACAUGGUGAGCUAUCCGAUUCAAACGUUGGUGGCCGCCACAGAUGAGAGUAAGUUGGGGUAUUUCAAGGUGCGGGAAGGUGUAGGGAAGAAGAAACGGAACGCAGCCGUUCGAGUUGGGUAUGUACUUGGGGGUCUGGCGGCGGUGGUCUUGAUUGGUACUAUCGGAAUUUGGACGUACAAGAUGUGGAGGAGGAAGACCCGGGCAGAGGAGGGUGAGGUCUCACCCGGCCCGUAUAAGGAUCUCGGGUCGGCAAGCUUCAAGUCCAUCGAGAUGUCCAAUAGAUGAUGAUGACGCAUGGGAUGACAUUUUUGGCAGUUUGGGGUAUGGAAGUUUGACUGACAGUGAUCUUUUACUUUUCACUUUACAUUAUAGGUCUUUGUCUCAUGUUUCUUUUUCGUCUUUAUUUUGGUUGGAGUUGGGGUGGUGGGGCCCACCUAAUAUAAUUAUCAACUGGAUUUAUAUUAUCUGUACAGUGAUGGCUUUACAGUCCGUGAGUUUGUAUAGGUUAGUGUGGCCAUGACGUGCCUCACGUGCCUACGUCUUCAGGGUUUCAUAUAUUCGCUACUGUAUCAAUCAAUUAAUGGGGUAUUAAAUUUUUAAUGGCCA